GUCGAAACACAAAUAUCAUAUUUGCUAAACUAUAAUUAAGGACCCAUUUAAAAUUAUUUUUAGUUUAUUAGGAAAAUUUACAACAAGAGCUACUGUUUUUGCAGUGGACCAAGCUGAAAGUGAUGGGUUAUUUCAUCUUAACAUUGUAUGCAAUUGGGCUGCUCGCAACAGUUAAAACAGAACCAUGCGACAAAGAUACAUACGUUGAAGUGAAUAAUUUUCAAAGAAGCACUGGUUUUAAUAUCGUGCCACACCGUGCCGUUGCAUGUGACCGUAGAUGGCGAAAACAGUGGUAUCGUUUUGUUAGUGGAGCUGGAGGAGAAAUGCCGACUACCUGUCCAGCGCAAUAUUCUUGCGGAUCGAUGGGAUCAGUUUGGCUUAAAGGAACACAUCCGGAUGUAGGAGAAGUAAAAACUAUGAAAGCUUGCGUGCGGUACAAAAAAGAAUGUUGCCAUGGAGUUUCUUGGGAUGUAAAAGUAAAAAGAUGUUCAAAAAAUGGAGAAGAAUAUCUUGUCUAUUAUCUUCCACCAACGCGAGGAUGUCCUAUGAGAUAUUGUGCUGGAAAUGAAACAAAGUGUAAACCGGAAGAAACUUCUCCCAAUGGAUUUACACCUGGAUGUACAAAGAUUUACCCAGAAUUGAAAAAUGAUCCGGUCCUCUCUGUUGAUGUACAUGAGAAAAGGUUGAGGUUUAAAUGUAAAAUAAAUCCGAAAUAUAUUAGCACUCGCCAUAAUAUUGACACUCGUCAUAUUGUUACCUGGUAUCAAGUUUCUCCGUUAAAAAUAGUGAAAAUAAUACCUGAAACAAACAUUUUGUUUGGAAGUGAGACAGCAGCUUACAUUCAGAGUAAAACGGAUGAUAAACCUUUAUUUCUUCUUGGACAAAAUAUAUAUUGCCAGGUUGAGUCGUAUUAUAACAAAACUCCAGCAAUAAAAAGUGCUCCAAGAAGAAGCGAUUAUUUUUUUGCUGGCAUAAAGAUUUCACCAACCAUCAUUGAUAUAUCCGAAAAGGAUAAACCAGUAAUAAUUAACGUAACGGCCACUGUACCUGUUACUUGUCAGCAAAAAAUAGAGAAUUGUAAAGUAGAAUUGGAGAUUGCUCAAGACAAUAGAGAAAGUGUUAUGGAAUGGUGUGUCCUCGAGUUUAAUGCUAGUCAAACUAAAACUAUACAAGUUGCUCCCAUGCGUGAUUUUGUCAACGAUGGAAAUAAAAUCAUGCACAUAUCUUUUCACGUUCCGGAUUAUUACCCCGCAGUUGACUGGCUUAACCACACCAAAAUCCCAGAUGUACUGGUUAAAACAAGGAAUAUAAGGACCAGUCGAUGCUCAUCCGACGGUGACCCACAUAUUAAAACAUUUGACAACGUCUAUUACGACCAUUACUUCAUUGGCGAUUAUGUGUUGGUGGAAAGUAAGGCACGCUUGUUUCAGGUUCAUGUGAGAACACGCCAGUGUGACAGUGUUGCGUGUAAUUGUGGAGUAGCUGUAAGAGAAGGCAACGACGUCAUUGUUAUUGAUAUGUGUCAAGACAAUAUCCCUCGGGUGAGAUUUGCGAGCACAGAUGAACCACAAGUCGGAACGAUCAUAGAAAGAAAUGAUAAUGGCAAAAUCUUUGUUGUUAACUUUCCUUCUGGAGCAUUUGUAAAAUUUCAAGCAAUAAAUUGGACAAAUCAUUGGUUAGCAAAUAUACAGGUCCAAGUCCCAUCAGAUGAGUAUGAAAGUACCGCAGGACUGUGUGGCAAUUUUGAUGUUAAUACGAAAAACGAGAUGGAGGCUAAAGAUGGAACGGUUUUUACAGGAAAGGAACAUCAGAAAAAUUUUACUGAAAGUUGGAAAAUCCCAGUCGGUGAAAGUUUAUUUUACUACAAAGGAGGUCAUUCAAAAUGUUUACCUAGUCGUGCUGACAAAUAUUGCGUAUGUGGAAAAAACAAGGUCAUUGAAUGCCUGAAUAAAUUUUCUGAUGGACCUAAGUACACACACGAAAACGCAGUGGUGAUAGGAAUUCAGCAUCCAAUUUUCGACCAUUGUCAUCGUCGUGAAAAACGUUCUGUUGCUGAUAAAAGUUUCAUUACUUUGCCAGAUGAUGGAGACACAGGAAUAUAUAUUUACGAUCCCAAACAAACUAAUGGUACGAUAGCAGAUUUUCCAACUAAAACUGGAAAAACUAGAACCGGUACGGAGUACAAAUGCACGAAAGCGCUUCAAGAGUCGUCUGCAGGAAAGGCCUGUAUGAGCCAAAUAAAAGGAUAUGAUAUUAGUGGAUUUGUUGAUCAAUGUGUGUUAGACGUACAGGUAACUGAUGAUUAUGAAGUUAGCACUGCAUCAGCUAUUACUGCAAUGACUGGUGAUUGUGAAGAAAUAACAUUAAAAGAAUUAAAAUACUGGAAGAAGGAUUCCACUGGAGUAGUAGUACCUCCUGAAGAGAUUGGAAGCAGCCUUUGCACAAAUGAGUGCAGUGGUCAUGGAACUUGUGAAAAUGCCACGUGCAUUUGUAAAGAAGAUUACAUUUCUUCGGACUGCUCAAUCAAAAAAGGACAAAGUCCAAGGCUAUAUGGAAUACCAUUUCACGGGCUUUGUGAUAUCCGAAAAAGAGAUUGCAUUCGUACAAGAGUCAAGGGAGCAGAUUUUAUUGACUCAAAGAAUUUGUCGUGUCACAUCACAGAAGUAAUUAUCAGUGACAAGCCAUAUGUUAUAACGAAACGCAAUAGCACAACUGGUGGUCAAUUACUCAGUUUUGGUGAAAUAAGUUGCUUCAUGCCUCAGACACCUGUUGAAAUUAAUGGAAAUCCUGCAACAUCUUAUGGAAAACCAACUGGAGGAUUUCUUAUCAAAGUUUCAAAUAACGGUGUGAACUUUACUGAAAACAGCGCAUUGUUUUUGGUUUAUGAUUCAAAAUGCAUGGAGUGUAACAAAAAUUACGAAAGUUGUUUUCAAAAGCGAAAUUCCUGCAAAAUAAGAAACUACUGCUUUGCACAUGGUGACGCAAAUCCAAGUGACUGGUGUCAGAUUUGUAAUCCAGCACAAUCUCUGACAGGUUUCGUCAAACGAACAGACAACAAACCUCCAGUCUUCAGUGGUACCAACCUUAAUCUAAGGUCAUUUAGAAAACAAAAGUGGAGACAUGUGAUAUCCGCAUCUGAUCCGGAGAUGCAGAGAUUGCGUUACGAACUUGUUGGUGAAAAUUAUGGUAUGACAGUCUCUUCACAUGGUGUUUUAACAUGGCAUCCAACAAAAGCUGGAAGAUAUGAAUUUAUAGUAAAAGCAAUCGAUCCAUGCGGGUUAAGCACCACACGAAACUUUGUGAAUGAUGUAGAGAUAUGUUCAUGUGAAGGACAGAAUGGUGGGAUAUGCAUAUGGCAGGGUGACAAAAGUGUUUGCAAGUGUCCCGAGGGAUGUAAAGGAGAAAGAUGUGAUGAAGCUGCAGACGGAAAACUUUGCAAGAUAAAAAAAACUACAGUUGAGCAGGCUUCCACUUCUGAUAACACCAUCACUGUAAUUGCUGUGCCUGUCGUGGGUGCAGUCAUUUUAAUUUUGGCAAUUUUGGGUGCCAUUUUUCUGUUGUACCGGAAGCAGCAUAGACAAUCGCUAAAUAUCAAAUCAACAGUUAAUCAAACAUCUGACAAGAAAGCCAAACUUGAUAAUAAUGGAGUGGUUGCAUACAAUUCAGAUGGAAGCGAUAAAGUAGCUAUCGGCGGAUUCAGGAAGAAUGUUGCCUUAGUCAACGAGGGCUACUCGAAUUGAAAAAGGGACAUUGCGUAUUUUAAUUGUUACUUAAGAACUUGAUUACUAAGUGAUAUUGAAAUGACUAUUUAAUCAUCUUUAAAAAAAGUUUGAAAAUAUAUUAAUAGAAAAUAAUUCAUGUGAGGAAUAAGACCAAGAAUGAUUUUUAAUAUAAUUUAAUCCUGUGAUCAUCAUCAGUUCUGAAAAAACAUUACAAGUUGAAUUAGAUUACAGAAUUCUAAAGCGCCAUGUAUACUUUUAUGCACAAAUUAAUUACUGUAGGUACGAGAAACAAAAAUUUAAAAGUGGUAUUAAUCCUUAAAUAGCCACCAUAGGCACAAUGUUUUUACCAAAUCAAAAAAAUAUCUAAUUGCAUCUUUAAAACGAUGUUUCACAUUUCAUUUGAUUAUGCGUAUUUUAGAACAUAUUUGGUAUUAUAAAACAAUUUAAAUAGUUAAUUUGAACAGUUAUUGUUGUUGUGUUUCAAUCAUGGCUAAAUUAGUAGUAACACAGAUAAGAGUGUUUUUUGUCAAUUUGACUGACCUAUCGUUCAAAAAGAUAAUUAAAAAGAAACCUACAAUGUUUAUACAGGAGGGUUUUAAAAAAUUCUUGAUAAUAUAUGAAAAGACAAUGUCGCCCUUCGGAAUGAAUAGCCACUCUUACCAAAUUAAGUUUCUCUUUCUAGCUAUCCAUCAUUUUCUUUUGUGUGAUAUACGUAAUUCUUUUUGGCGCCAAUAAUUAGUUUUUUAGUUUAUUAUUUAAUGUGUGUAAUCCUUUUAGAAAUGUUUGAUUGCUACAUAAUGUUGAAAUAAAUUACAAGUAAUGCAAAA